AGAACGAAGCUGUUAGGCUCAAGGGCUCAUGGAUUUGACCAAGGUAACGCAAUCUCAGUCGCAAGCGGUUUUCUGGAGCAGUCUCAGGGAGCUCCGAAACCUGCUGAUUAAUUACGGAAUAGUCCUCAGACUUUUGACUGUUGGGUUUUCCAGAUUCCCCCUUUUUCCGCGUGCCAGCCAAUGCAGUACUUGCUGGUGCUGUGCGGCUUGGUGGUGCUUGUUUCGGCCAUCUUGGCAGCCCUAGGCUUCCGUGGCAGGCCCCAGGUGGUUGGAAUCGACUUGGGCACCACUUUCUCGGUGGUCGCUCUGAAAGCGACCGAUGGCACGAUCUCCAUUAUUCCAGACUAUUUGACUGGAAAGCAGCUGUUGCCGUCAGUAGUGACAUAUGUGUCGAAUGGCAACGUUCUGGUUGGAGAUGUAGCCGUGGCGCAGCGAGGGCGGCAUCCGGAGCGCACCAUCUUCAACUCUAAGCGCUUCAUGGGCCGAGAGUUGGGUGAGGUGGUUGCGGAGCGUGCUGCCCACGCCUACCGGGUCCUGGGAAACUUCAGCUCCAGCUCUUCGGAGCCCAGCGCCAGCAACCUGAGCGCGGCCGCGGGCUUCGGCAUUGUGCUGGAUGGCCAGAAAGAGAGGUGGAUUUCGCCCAUCGACGUCGGCAGGGAGGUGGUCGCGCACAUGCGGCGCUCGGUUGCGCAGCACCUCGGCUUCGAGAUUUCUCGCGCAGUGAUCUGCGUUCCCGCAAAGUUUGGCUGGCGGGAAACGAAGGCCACGCAGGAGGCGUUUGAGCAAGCCGGCAUGAAGGUUAUGCGAAUCCUAGAGGAGCCCACGGCUGCCGCUGUGGCCUACAAUCUGCACGAAGGAGAUGGCGUGCGACACGUUCUUGUGUACGAUAUUGGCGGUGGCACGCUAGACACCUCCCUGCUUUACAUGAAUGGAAGAUCUGUCAGCGUCCUCAGCGUAGCUGGGGAUGAUCAUUUGGGUGGUUCGGACUUUGAUGCCCAGAUGCAACUGUUGCUGAAGUCAAAGCUGGAGCGCGGAGCUGCGGAGAUCGCUGACUCAGACGUUGCUAAGGAGAGCUGUGAGAGCUCCGGGCUGCACAUUCUGGCAGAGGACAUGAAGAUCAGGCUGAGCAAUGAGCUGCGUGUGGAGUCUCGUUGCCGGCAUAGCGAUGGUAGGGACCGCCUCCUGGUGGUGAGCCGCGGGGAGUUCGAGGAGGCCUCCUCGGAGCUCUUCGGCCGGGCCAUGGCGCCAGUCCAGAAGGUGUUGGAUGACCAGAUGAUGACUGCCGACUACAUCAAUGAUGUGGUGCUUGUGGGAGGUGCGUCCCGCAUGCCAAAGCUACGGCAGCUUCUGCAAGAGUUCUUUGGGCCUUCAAAACGGCUUCAUACCGAGAUUGACCCAGACAUCACGGUCGCUUGGGGGGCGGCCAGCGUGCUUGAUUGACGGAUUGACGGCCUGAGCCGCCUGAGCCGCCUGAGCCGCCUGAGCCGCCUGAGCCGCCUGAGCCAGUGCGCAAAGGGCGACUGGAUCGUUAAUGCACCCAGCUGAAAAGCUACUGGCUCGUCCGGUCUAUGACCUGGACGAACUGAAGGUUUGGUCAACCGAUUCAUCUUUAUAUCUCAACCAUCCUGCAAUUCUGGUGCCUAGCCGUCCAGUGCAACUGGCGCAGGUUUGCCCUUGGCGCUGCAAGUUGCCUCUU